AUGAUACGGUGGAUGUGCUGUGAAUGUAUUGUUGAUCGAGUGCCACGCGGGACUUCGUGUACAGCGAGCACCUCAAAUUUAGGCUAUGUCGACAUCCUCGUAAUAGCCAACUUGAUCUUCUUUCAAGUCUUACCCCAAAUAGGCUGGCGAGGAUUCUUUUACAGCUUAGGUUCGGCUGGAGCAAGGUUCUAUUACAUGGUCAUUUUUGCUUCUGAAAUCUUCAUAGUACUCUGUGAAGUAUUCAUCGCUAUCUCCCGAUAUUUGACAUUUAUUCGCAGCGACCUGAACUACUGGAAUACUGAUAGGAUCCACUACUGGUUGCUGGCAAUCGUUGGUGUCUCUGUCGCACCGUGUGGGAUGCCGAAAGUGUUCGCUUUGAAUUUGCCCCUGGAAACUUGGACUGGAUUGCAGUUUCAAUAUUCGUUCCAUUCGUUAUAG